GAACAGAUGUCGUCAUUGUUAAAAACGGCAGAAGGAUAUGUGGCACAGGAGGCUGCUUAGCCAAUGCACCUCUGCAUCAGAACAAGAGCUAUUUUGAGUUUAAAAUCCAGUCCACAGGGAUUUGGGGUAUUGGAGUUGCAACUCAGAAAGCAAACUUGAAUCAAAUUCCACUUGGUCGCGAUGUCCAUAGCCUGGUGAUGAGGAAUGAUGGAGCUCUCUACUACAACAAUGAGGAGAAAAAUAGACUACCAGCAAACAACCUUCCUCAGGAGGGCGAUGUCGUGGGCAUUACAUAUGACCAUGUAGAAUUAAAUGUAUAUUUAAAUGGGAAGAAUAUGCAUUGUCCAGCUUCAGGAAUCCGAGGGACUGUCUAUCCAGUGGUCUAUG